AUGUCCGAACCCCAGCAGGCAGAACAGGUCACAGAGUUAAAUCAGCCUCAGAAACUCGAGAUUGUGAAGGCCAAUCUACCAGCAGAGUUGCAAUCCGUCAGCGAGCAACUACAACAAGUAUCGAAAGAGUACAACGAGUCGAUGAUAUCCGGAAACAAGGAGCUAGCAACGGAACUCCGAAUGAAACUGAACGACCUACGUAAGCAGGCACACCAGGGAGGCACCACGCACGGCAUUUCAAACGCAGGAUACUUGUUUGAACUGUGGAUCGAGAUCCAUAAUGACACAAACCGAAUUCUAUACAAUGAGGGUAACUGGGAUGUAAAGCAUGGAUGGUUUGAAUCUGACGCUGUUGGAGAUAUUCAACCUGGCGACAUCGCUCGAGUUCCCUAG